AUGGUCUGCGCCAAGUGCGAGAAGAAGAUCGCAAAGGAGCGCGUCGCCGCAACAGACGUCUGGUCAGCACCAGGCUCUUCCGGGCGCAAGAUUGGCGAGAACAAGCUGCUGUCAGCCAAGGCGCGGUACUCGCCAUAUGCCCCUGCGGCAUCCGGAUCUGGGUCGGGCGCUGGGGCGAAGGGCAAAGGAAAGGGAAAGGAGGUGGAUGUCGCGGGCGGGAAGGGAGGAGCGGUCGGACGAUGCGAGGUGUGCAAGACGGUUGUGGCGAGACCAGGUGCUAAGUACUGUCAAGGCUGCGCCUACAAGAAAGGCCUCUGUGCAUUGUGCGGCAAGCAGAUCCUCGACGUCUCGGGAUACAAGCAGAGCAUGCGAUGA